AUGGUGCAGAGAAGACAUGGCACCAAGGACCAGCACAGUGAGGUUGAGUGCAUGAACGUCCACUGGGGUUUCUGCCUCAGACAAGGCAAUACAAAGCAGGAGGCUCCUGCGCUCAAGGCCUUUGCUUCCCCGGGCAGCGCCGGGCGGGGCGGGGCCUCUGGCCACGCGGAGAUAAGCCCCGCCCACCUCCCCGUGGCCCCGCCCCUGCCCCGCCUGCCCUCUCGGGGCCGCUAUUGGCUGCGCGCGUGCGUGGCUGGCGAGCUCCGGCCGCGCGUGGCCCAACGAGCCGAGCGGCGGGCGCUUAGCGCUGCUAGUCGGCGGGCGGUACGCCGGGCACGGCGAGGCCUCGGCGGGGCGGAUUCGGGAUGUCCGGAGCGAGCCGGUCCCGGGAGUCUCCCGGCGGCGUGGAGACGGGCGGCCGGGCUCCUGGGACCGGACGCGGGGUCCCCGGCUGGGGAGGCUGCGGUGAGGGCACGAUCGGGCGUGGCCGCCGGCAGCGCCGGGGCGCGGGGAGGACCGUCGCCCGCGCUCGCGCCGGGACGCAGGGCCCCCGAGCGGCCUUGCCCGCGAGGCCCCCGGCGCUGCAGCUGCCGCGCGGGCCCGGGGGUCCCUGCGGCGGGGAGCUGCGCCGCCGUCCCGACAGAACCCCUGGACCGAGAAGCCUCCGCGGCGCCUGUCCCCCGUGGGGACCGAGCCGCCGUCGCCGGAGACCCUGGACGCAGGUUGGAAUUAUUUACUAAGCCUCCAAUUAUUGCAGGGCUGUUUGUCCUGAUGACAUUAUUUUCAUCGGCAUUACAACUUAUACAACAUGCAAAGAAUUAUACACAGCCUGAGCUACAAAAACCAGUAAUAAGGAUUCUGUUGAUGGUUCCCAUAUACAGUUUGGAUAGUUGGUUGGCUUUGAAAUUCCCCAAUACUUCCAUAUAUGUGGAUACCUGCCGAGAAUGCUAUGAAGCCUAUCUUAUUUACAAUUUCAUGGCGUACCUGUACAAUUAUCUAAAGUACCAGUAUCCAAAUUUGACAUCACUCUUGGAGAACAAAGAGCAGAUGAAUCAUUACCCUCCGUUUUGCUUUUGUCCACCCUGGACGGCAGGAGAGGUCUUGGUUUACAGAUGCAGACUUGGUGUAUUACAAUAUACAGUUAUCAAAAUAUUGACCACCUUAACUGCUCUUAUUUGUGAAACCCUAAACAUAUAUGGUGAAGGAAAAUUUAGCUUUUCAAAUUCAUGGACAUAUUUGAUAAUAAUAAGCAACUUUUCACAACUGGCAGUCGAUCAUCAUUGCAUUGUUGGUCAGGUUUGGCAUUAUUUCUAAAACUCAUUUCUGGGGAUGGGAAGGUGCAGAAGAGGUGGCCACAGGACUCCAAGAUUUCUUGAUCUGCAUCGAGAUGUUUUUUGCUUCACUGGCUCAUCAUUUUUUAUUUACGUACAAAGUGUAUGUGACCUUAAAAGAAAACACCUCUGUAUUGAAUUCUUUUUUUGAUGUGUGGGAUAUUUCUGACUUGAAAGAUGAUAUUUCUCAACAAAUAAAACAUACUGGAUCGAUGUUAAUAGGAUGUCUGCGACCAAAGCAUCCUAAGUUUGAAGAGAAAAACAGAAGCCGCUUCAUGACCUUGCCAUCACCAGACACAGUGUCUACUCCCUCCUCACCAGACACGGCGUCUGCUCCCUCUUAUAAUCCAUCGUCACCAAUGAGGAGAUUAGAGAGGUUUCAGAGCACCACGCCUUCAAAGAUUAGGAAUCAUCCUGGAAUUCCUACAGAACUCGAUACUGACAUACCUGAAGAUGAUAGCAAUGAAACUUCAGGUUCUUCCUGGAGUUCUAACAACUAACAUUCAAAAGCCAACUGCCACCACCAAGGAAAUCACAUGGUGUCCCUUGGCUCAAGAAUGUAUGCUUAGGCUAUCUAUAAGUCACACAAAAUUUUAAGAAACACAUAGGUAAAAAUAGGUGUAAGUAUUCAAUAUAUGUAUAUAUUAAUUUUCUACAUCACAAAUAAUGUUUAAGUUUCCUGGACUGGGAAUUAAUUUGACAUUAGAGAAUCCCAAACCCCCCAAAAUUGGAAAAAGACUCCAGCUGAAUGCUUCCGGCAGCACAUUGCUAUCACGAAGAGGAUGGAUAUUCAAAAACCUCCGUGCUUCCUCUUCCUCAGUGCUGCGUGAGCGUAACCCUGUGGACACGACACGGGAAUCGUAUUCCAGAGGAAGUGCUCGGGCUUCGCAGGCCAGGGGAGCUCGGCCCGCAGAGGGAGCAGCGUGCCGCGGACGUCCCGAGCCCAGGCAGUGGCGGCCUUGGUGCAGAUGGAAAUGGAAGACAAAGUGACUUCUCCAGAGGAAAAAACUGAAGAAGCAAAAUUCAAAGCACAGUAUCCGCAUCUGAAACCUGGUGGCUCUGAUUUUUUAAGGAAAAAGAUUACAGAAAGGGCAAAAGUGUUUUGGUUCUGUGGAUUACAACAUGGCUAAAUCAAGAAUGAAGACCAGGCAACUUCCUGCUGCAGCCCCUGAGAAGACACAGGUCACCGGAGACCACGUUCCCGCUCCACAGGACCUUCCUCAGCUGAAAACAUCCCUGUUGCUAGCAAUCAGCUGGCUGAUUAAAAGAGCUGAACUGCA